UUUUGGUUAUCAAUGUGAAAGAGUUUAUCCAUCUUCAUUUGAGCUCGUAUGCUAUUGUUUUUCUUCUCGAUUCUCUAUUAUUCCUGAUUCACGGAUGACAGAAUCAAAAGUUCCUAAAGAGUCUGGUUUGCACUUGUUCUGCUUUUAUUCGAAUAACUUGGUUUCGAGUUUUUCGUUGUCGAUGUCAUUUUCAGGUAAAAGUUGGAUUUGAAGACGUAAAAGAAACUUCGAAGAUCUUCGUUGACUGCGCCGUGGCGGCAGAUUGUCAAAUUCGUAUUUAAAUUGCAUUUCUGCGCGCUGGAUUACGCGGUUCUUGAUCGGUGUCGAUGAAUCUGUCUUUUGCGUCUCGAAUUUCGCACACAUGUCGAUUUGUCUUGGGUCAAUGAUAGCUGGAGUAUGAAAAAGCGUAAUCGCGUUUCGAUUUCGGUACGUAAAAACGCUUAGUUUAGGAAAUUUUUGUUUUCUUCCUACAAAAAUCUGAUUGAAUUCGAUUUACAAACAAGCUAUUUAAAUCCCGAAUCUCAAAUUCUGAUUCUGCAAGUUCGAAAGAAGAAAAUGGUUGAUGCAAUCGACAGCAAUAGCCAUUCAAAUGGCUCAAUUCAGAACUCGAACGGUUCAAUGGAGGAGAAGCUUGACGAUCUGCGUCGUCUAUUUGGAAAAGCGAAUGGGGAUCCACUGAGGAUCGUGGGUGUUGGAGCUGGUGCUUGGGGCAGCGUCUUCAUUGCCAUGCUACAAGAUAGCUAUGGCCAUUUGAGAGAGAAAGUUUUGAUUAGGAUUUGGAGAAGACGUGGACGAACAGUAGAUAAAGCAACUGCAGAGCAUUUAUUUGAAGUGAUAAAUUCAAGGGAAGAUGUGUUGAGAAGAUUGAUCAGGCGAUGUGCAUAUUUGAAAUAUGUAGAAGCUAGAUUAGGUGACAGAACUUUGUAUGCGGAUGAGAUAUUGAAAGAUGGGUUCUGCUUGAAUAUGAUUGAUACGCCUCUCUGCCCUUUGAAGGUUGUCAACAAUUUGCAGGAGGCUGUGUGGGAUGCUGACAUUGUGGUGAAUAGCUUGCCUUCGACCGACACCCGCCAAGUGUUCGACGAAAUGAGAAGGUAUUGGAAAGAGAGAUUAAUUAUGCCUGUUAUCAUUUCUUUGUCAAAGGGUGUGGAGGCUGAAUUGGAGCCUCAACCACGGAUAAUAACUCCUACUCAGAUGAUUAACAGCGCAACUGGAGUUCCUCCGGAGAACAUUCUUUAUCUCGGGGGACCAAAUAUUGCCUCGGAGAUUUACAAUAGGGAAUAUGCCAAUGCUCGAAUUUGUGGAGCUGAAAAGUGGAGAAAAUCCCUGGCAAAUUUUUUGAGGCAACCACAUUUCAUUGUGUGGGACAAUGGCGACCUUGUUACCCAUGAAGUAAUGGGCGGAUUAAAGAAUGUCUAUGCCAUUGGAGCCGGAAUGGUGGCAGCUUUAACAAAAGAGAGUGCCACAAGCAAGGCGGUAUACUUUGCACACUGCACCUCGGAGAUGAUAUUUAUUACUCAUCUAUUGGCCGAAGAACCAGAGAAAUUGGCGGGACCGUUACUGGCCGACACUUAUGUUACUCUAUUGAAAGGCCGUAAUGCGUGGUAUGGGCAAAAAUUAGCUGAAGGAGAGCUGAGCCUCGAAAUGGGUGAUAGCAUCAAAGGCAAGGGUAUGAUUCAGGGAGUUUCUGCUGUGAAAGCAUUUUAUGAAUUGCUCAGUCAAUCCAGCUUGAGUGUUCUACACCCUGAAGAUAACAAACCUGUUGCUCCAGUUAAGCUUUGCCCAAUUUUAAAGAUGCUCUACAGUAUACUAAUAACAAGGGAAUUUUCAUCAGAGGCCAUUCUUCAAGCCCUAAGGGACGAAACGAUAACCGAUCCUCGAGAUCGUAUCAAGAUUGCACAAACUCAUGUUUUCUAUAAGCCAUCGCUUCUCGGCCAGCAGCGUUAACAAUCUUCAACAACUUCUUGUAUGUAUGUAGUCUUGUUUGAAUGUAGAACUUGAUGAAGUGAGCAUUUUUGUUGAGUAUAUUUUCUUUUUAUAGGAAUUUAUUUAGGGUUUGUUUUUCCCCUUUUUGUAUAGGGUGAUGAAGCUUACAGUGGGUAUUAAAUUGCCUAUAUGGAAUGUUAAGCCAAAUGUAAUGAGGGUUUCUUCUAGUUUAUCA